GGUAUAGGAACCCCUAAGUGUCAGGGUGUCAUUGUUCUGUGAACCCCAAGUGUCAGGGUGUCAUUGUUCUGGGAACCCCAAGUGUCAGUGCGUCAUUGUUCUGGACCCCCAAGUGUCAGUGUGUCAUUGUUCUGGACCCCCAAGUGUCAGUGUGUCAUUGUUCUGGGAACCCUCAAGUGUCAGUGUGUCAUUGUUCUUGGACCCCCAAAUGUCAACGAGUCAUUGUUCUGGGACCCCCAAGUGUCAGUGUGUCAUUGUUCUGGCCCCCAAAUGUCAGUGUGUCAUUGUUCUGGGCCCCCAAGUGUCAGUGUGUCAUUGUUCUGGACCCCCAAUGUCAGUGUGUCAUUGUUCUUGGCCCCCAAGUGUCAGUGUGUCAUUGUUCUGGAACCCCCAAGUGUCAGUGUGCCAUUGUUUUGGAACCCCCAAGUGUCAGUGUGUCAUUGUUCUGGACCCCCAAGUGUCAGUGUGUCAUUGUUCUGGACCCCCAAGUGUCAGUGUAUCCUUGUUCUGGACCCCCAGUGUCAGAGUGUUAUUGUUCUUGGACCCCCAAGUGUCAGUGUGUCAA